CGGCGGGCGCACAUGGCACACGGACUCUACUUCUUCCUUCCAAGUUCCAACCUAGGCAUCUUCUUCAGAGUAUACGAUUGGUGGCAACUGCUAACUCACCGGUGGCUACUGCUAACUAACGGCCGUUCGUCGAUGGCCACCGUGCGGCCCCAGACGGCGGGAAAUCUAACGGCCGGCCAUCGCCGGAUUCUUACAACCGUCAACACCGGAGCGUCCAGCCUCUCCCUCGUCGGUUCCGGCUUCAUCGUCCUCUGCUACCUUCUCUUCAAGGAGCUUCGCAAGUUCUCCUUCAAGCUCGUCUUCUACCUCGCUCUCUCUGACUUGCUUUGCAGUUUCUUCGGCAUUGUUGGGGAUCCAUCCAGAGGAUUUUUUUGUUAUGCUCAGGGCUAUAGCACCCAUUUCUUCUGUGUGGCAUCUUUCCUAUGGACCACAACAAUUGCUUUUACUCUACAUCGCACUGUUGUCCGGCAUAAAACAGAUGUUGAAGAUUUGGAGCCUAUGUUUCACUUGUAUGUUUGGGGAACUUCACUAGUUAUGACUGUCAUACGCUCCAUUGGCAAUAAUCACGGACAGUUAGGUACAUGGUGUUGGAUGCAGACAGGGCGUACAGGAACGGUGGUUCACUUCAUGACAUUUUAUGCACCAUUAUGGGGUGCAAUUCUUUUCAAUGGUGUUACGUACUUUCAAGUGAUACGCAUGCUAAACAAUGCAACCCGUAUGGCUGUAGGCAUGUCGGACCGGCCAUUCCAAGGAGAUACAAGGGCAGACAUGAAGGCCUUGAACAGGUGGGGUUACUAUCCACUAAUUUUGAUAGGCUCAUGGACUUUUGGAACAAUCAAUCGGAUCCAUGAUUUUAUUGAACCAGGCCAUAAAAUUUUUUGGCUCUCAGUUCUUGAUGUUGGGAUGGCUGCACUGAUGGGGCUUUUUAACUCGAUAGCAUAUGGCCUUAACUCUUCAGUACGGCGGGCAAUUCGGGAAAGAUUGGAUCUGUUUUGGCCAGAGAGGUUUCGAAGAUGGUUACCUUGCAGCUUGAAGCUUAGAAGCCAACAGCAGGAAAGUGAACUAGUCUCACUAAAAAGUCAGGACCAGCAAUAGCAAAACGCUUUGCCUUUGUCGGGGCCUGCUAGAACUUUGCUCCCCCACCAUAUCAAAGAUGGGAGAUAGGAAGGAUGAAACCUUGAAACAAAGAGGACAACUACAGCUUUUUAAAUGAUCACGGCCCGACAUAUUCAUUUCCAUCCAACAACAUUGCCUGCAUAAUUCAGAAUGAUCACAUAUGCCUUCUUUAUCUCUUUAUCAAUUAUUAUUGUUGUGAUUUUAUUUUUUUGUAAAAUACUGCUGUUCAUUGUGCAUGCGAGGGUGAUCCCGAGCUGUAGAUAGAUCAGUCGAUGGCUGCCUUCAUUGUUGAGUUUCUAGCAGGUUUCGUGAUGUAAAGCCGAAUUUCUACCUGUAUUUGAGCAGAAGAGCAUUUUUAGCAGUUUCUUCUGCUGGUAUGGAUCUGAGAUCUUUCUGUCGAACUGCUUCCGAGGGUGUCAUUACUUAAUUAUUAUUAUUAGUAUUUUUUUCUGUAA